GCUGCGCCUACAAACGCUGCAACCUAGUUAGGGCGCACCGGAGGAUUUGGGACGCGGCCCGAGAGACAGAAACCCGCUGCUGCGCUUCAUUAGAGCCUCGGUGGGUCUCCAUCAUUCAUCCGUCCCACAGAGCCGAUCCACAGACCCGAUACCGAGCGCACGGAACCGGCAGAUGGACGGCACGCGUGCGCUCUGACGGCGGAAGCUCCACUCGUUCAUCUUCGGCUCGGUUCGGCGCUCCAAUCGCUGCUCGACCGUUCGCUAUUGUUCGGAUGCGCGACGCUGGGAAUCAAUUCGAUUCCCGACCGAACAUGAGUUCUGCUAUCCGCUGGGUUUUAUCGCUGUACUUCAUCAUCACCGUCAUCAUCACUCAGCACGCGGCUCCGUUCCAGGUAGCGUUGCAGGAUGACCGCCGGAUGCUGCUGUCGCUGGAUGCUGAUGAUGUGAGGCCCGACGUGUCUGUGUAUUCGGUGCGUGUUUCAGGAGAGCCGCACACGCACACGCUGCUGUUCACGCGACCCGCCGACGGUCAGACACUGCCGCAUCCGCUCCAGUUCAACGCCUCGUACCACGGCCUGUGCUACUCCAUCAGUCUGAUGCUCGGGAACGACAGCAGCGCAUCCAGAGCCGUCAGAACCGUCCCUGUGCUCACCAAGCCUCUUCCUCUAGACAGCGUUGAGAUCUCUGAUUACGGUCCGGCUCCAGAGACCGGCGUGGUGUUUCAGAUCCGUUCUCCAGACAGGAACAUCUACACGAGAGUAAACAUCAGCUACAUGGAGGGCCGUCAGCCACGCUACAUGCUGUAUAAAGAUUUCUUCAAAGGGAAGACAGUGUUUAAGCACUGGCUGUCGGGCACGUGUUACACCAACAUCAGCUUCCAGCUGGUCUCAGAGGCCACGGUCAACAGGAGCACGCUGGUGAGCCGCAGCGACGUUACCCAUGAGCCCCUGCGCCACCGCACCGUCCCGAAUCCUCCUCUCAACGUGUCGCUCAAAAUCAUCCACCUCAGCGGCCGAGGAGCAUCUGGAUCUGACCUGCACGCGGCUGUUCUGAAGGCUUCCCACAAUGCAUCAGUCCUUCGGCGGGCACGUGACAUUCCUGCGGCUGAAGAACAGGAAGAGGAAGUGAACAGUGAGGAGAUGAGCGUCACACAGAUGCCGAUGAACGAGUCCGUCGCCAUCUACAGCAGCACAGCCGAACCCGCGCCUGACAACAGCACUGAGCCGCUGUGGGCGGAGCCGACGGGAAGCUCCGCCCCCACAGAGGAGGAGGAGUUUGUGAACGCACUGAUGCCAGAAUAUGAGGACUCUAAUGAGCCAGGGUCAGCGAUGGACGUGACCUUUGAAGCCAAUGUGAUGCCCAUCCUGCUGGAGCUGCGCUGGUUACCGCCACGGCCACCCACCGCGUUCGAUGGAUUCAACAUCUACAUCUACCGCGAUGGAAACUCCACCGAAACGGCGACGGUGGAUGAGAACACACACGAGUUCUUCACCGAGCUCUCCGAAGCAGGAACGUAUGGCGUUCACGUCACGACGCUCAGUUCGUCUGGAGACUGCGAGGCCCGAGAGAGUUCAGCCGACACCAGAUUCACCUUCUACAUGAGUCCGGCGGGUGAGUGGAUGGAGCAGCCGCAGGAGCGUCCGCAGGAGGUCAGUGUGAAGAUGCUGGACUGCAGCACGGCUGCUGUGUCCUGGGCUCCGUCUCGUCACAGAUAUAACAGCAGUCUGAUCUCGGUGCUGUCGCUCACCUGUCUGCGGCCCAGCAUCAGCCAGCGCAUGGAGAACACCUACUGCUCCGAGGAGAACAUCACCAGUGACAUCAUCAGCAGCCUGACCCCCGGCGCUCAGUACAGAGUGCUGGUUUAUCACACGAACGGGCCGCUGGUUAGUCCCCCGUCUGAACCAAUCAUCAUCGACAUCGAGCCGACAGGUGUGCGUGAUCUGGUUGUUUAUCCGCUCAGUCCCAGCGCUGUCAUCCUCAGCUGGCGGCGGCCGUAUAACGUGGCCUUCAGAAAGUACGUCCUGCAGACCUUCUUCUUCAACUCGGCCACGCAGACGUCUCAGUGGAGCACUUACUACGAGAUCGCCGCCACCGCGUCCGUCAUCGCCUCUGUGAGAGUGACGGAUCUGCUGCCGGCCUGGUUCUAUCAGUUCCGCGUGACGAUGGAGACAUGGUCCGAGCCGGCGCUGGUCUGCUGUGACGCUUCCACCGUCAGCUUCGUCACAGCUCCCGAAGCGCCUCACAUCUCGACGGUGGAGUACUCUCACGGGACGUUGUUCGUGCGCUGGACUUACGGCGAUCUGUUCACCGAUCUCUCGCACUCACGCUUGCUGCACUGGCAGCUGACGGCCGAGGCGAAGAAGAGCGCGAGGAGACGCUACUCCAUCCACGUGACUCGCAACAUGAUGAAGGCGUCUCUGGCUCUUCCUCCCGGAGACAUCUACAACCUGACCGUGUCCGCCUGCACCGAGACGAGCCACAACACAUCUGCGCCGCACAUCAUCAAACUCGAACCGGCUCCUCCGAAGUCGCUGUACGUGGUCAACGCCACCGACGCGGCCGUCACGCUGCUCUGGACGGAGGACGGCGUCGUGGACUUCUAUCAGAUCGUCUGCAGACCGCUGCGAGUCAACAGAGAGAGCAAAAAGGUGCGCGAGCCGCUGCUCACCGCCGCUUGUGUCGUGACCGUGUCAGGACUGCAGCCGUCCUCUUCAUACAACUGCAGCGUGAUCAGCAGCAGCUACAGCAGCGCCAGUGAGCCGGCGUUCAUCACCGUCAGCACAUCCGUGCGCGAGAUGAACCCGAGUGUUGCGGCGAUCUCUGCGCUGGCGGUUCUCAGUGUUCUGCUCAUCAGUUUGCUGGUGCUCUUUCUGCUGGUGCUGCGCAAGAAACACAUGGAGCUGAGCCGGGAGUGCGGCGCUGAAACCUUCGUGAAUUUCGCCUCUUUCGAGCGAGACGGGAAGCUGCCGUAUAACUGGAGCAAAACAGCACUGAAGAAGAGGAAACUAACCAGUCCCGUUCAGCUCAGUGAUUUUGAGGCUUACAUCAAAGACAUGAGCAAAGACUCGGCGUACAAGUUCUCGCUGCAGUUUGAGGAGCUGAAGAGCGUCGGUCUGGAUCUGUCUCAUGAAGCGGCUGAUCUGCCUGUCAACAGACCCAAGAACCGCUACACCAACAUCCUGCCCUAUGAUUUCAGUCGGGUGAAGCUGAUCUCUCUGCACAACGAUGAAGGCUCUGAUUACAUCAAUGCAAACUAUAUUCCUGGUUAUAACUCUACGCACGAGUUCAUCGCCACGCAGGGGCCGCUGCCCGAGACCAGGAAUGAUUUCUGGAGGAUGGUCCUGCAGCAGAAGUCUCACAUCGUCGUCAUGCUGACCCAGUGUAACGAGCGCAGGAGGGUGAAGUGUGACCACUACUGGCCGUUCACCGAGGAGCCUGUUGCAUACGGAGAGAUUACGGUCGAGAUGCUGUCGGAGACCGACUCGCCCGAGUGGACCGUCAGAAACUUCAGACUGGGAUACGCUGAUGAAACUCAAGACGUUCUGCACUUUAAUUACACCUCGUGGCCUGAUCACGGCGUGCCGACAGUCAACGCCAUUGAGAGCAUCUUACAGUUCGUUCAGAUCGUACGGCAGCAGGUCAGCAGGACCAAAGGACCCAUCGUGGUCCACUGCAGUGCUGGAGUGGGCCGGACCGGCACCUUCAUCGCUCUGGACCGGCUGAUGCAGCACAUUCAGGAACACGAGUAUGUGGAUGUCCUGGGCCUGGUGUCGGACAUGCGCUCGCACCGGCUCUCCAUGGUCCAAACCGAGGAGCAGUACGUGUUCAUCCAUCAGUGUGUCCUCCUCAUGUGGAAGAAGAAGAAGCAGCAAACGCACACGAGCGACGUCAUCUACGAGAACGUCAGCAAGUCCUAAUGAAGUCUGACUCUCCUCACAUCAGCGAUGACAGACGUGUGACAUCGACACCAGAAACCAACCAAGUGGCGGCCGCAGAGGAGAAUC